CGAAAGCUUCGGUCCUCCCGACAAUUAUCUCAUCAAUGAAAUGCGUCAAUAAAUAAGUGAACCUUUGUUGCCCAAGGGAUACUUUGCACUGUUGGUUUUGGAAAGACUCCGCCAACAUGCCGGGCACUUCUAGGAUGCCAGUAAGCCUGCGUAAUAGCCUCAAUGUCAAGAAGGGCAGUUCCAGCAGCCAAUUGCUGUCACUGAAUAUUGAUCUGUUUCGCAAUAUCAUCUUCUUUCUCUUCUUGCUGCGAUGGACAAGAAAGGGACUGUUGAAGCUUAAAGGGAGAGGGGUAUUCGGCACAAUCCUGGAUGCCUAUAUCUCCAUCCGACGAACGCUGUAUGGCUACUUCCUCCGCGCGCCGGGUGUUCGAUCGCAGGUGCAGAAGCAAGUCAAUGAAGCCAUUACCAAGUUGCAAGGGAAGCUUGUUCCGUCAGGGCCCGGAGUGACGAAAUAUGUGAAUCUACCAAAGGAUGGGUGGACGGAAGAGGCAGUAUUGAAGGAGCUGGAAGCUCUGGCAACGAUGGACCACACACGAUGGGAAGAUGGUUAUGUUUCGGGAGCCGUGUAUCACGGAGGGGACUCAUUGAUGAAGUUACAGACCGAGGCAUUUGGGAAGUUCACAGUAGCCAACCCCAUACAUCCAGAUGUGUUUCCGGGGGUCAGGAAGAUGGAGGCAGAGAUCGUGGCUAUGGUCCUGGCCAUGUUCAAUGCGCCGCCUGGAGCAGCAGGUGUCACCACCAGUGGAGGUACCGAGUCUAUUCUUAUGGCUUGCCUGAGCGCGAGGCAAAAGGCGUAUGCUGAGAGGGGCGUCACUGAGCCAGAAAUGAUUCUCCCAGAUACAGCACACACAGCUUUCCGUAAGGCAGGCGAAUACUUUGGUAUCAAGAUCCAUCUAGUUUCCUGCCCUGCACCAUCAUAUCAAGUUCACAUUCCAAGUGUGUCUCGCCUUAUCAACAGCAACACAGUUCUCCUUGUUGGGUCAGCACCCAAUUUCCCGCAUGGCAUCAUCGAUGAUAUAUCCGCGCUCUCCAGACUUGCAUUGAAGCGCAACAUCCCUCUCCACGUUGACUGCUGUCUUGGAUCUUUCCUCGUCCCCUUCCUCGACAAGGCAGGGUUCGAAACCGAGCUCUUCGACUUCAGACUCAAGGGCGUGACCAGUAUAAGCUGCGACACACACAAGUACGGCUUCGCCCCCAAGGGCAACUCAACAGUCCUGUACCGCACCUCAGCUCUCCGAACCUACCAGUAUUUCAUCUCCCCCGACUGGUCCGGCGGGGUCUACGCCUCUCCCUCCAUCGCGGGCUCCCGGCCCGGCGCCCUGAUCGCCGGCUGCUGGGCAAGUCUGAUGAACGUGGGUGAGACGGGCUACAUCGAAGCGUGCCACACGAUCGUCGGGGCAGCGAAGAAGAUCAUCGGCGCGAUCCAGGAGAACCCCGGAUUGAACAGCGACCUCCAGAUUAUGGGCCGACCGCUCGUCUCGGUCGUGGCCUUCACGUCGAAGACGCUCAACACGUACGACAUCGCCGACGCCAUGUCGGCCAAGGGCUGGCACCUCAACGCGCUGCAGAGCCCGCCCGCCAUCCACGUCGCGGUCACGCUGCCCAUCGCCAAGGUGUGGGAGAAGCUGGUCGCGGACCUCGAGGCCGUCGUCGAGGCCGAGAAGGAGAAGGAGCGCGUGCGCGUCGCCGAGGGCAAGGGCGCUAAAGGGAAGGCCAUGGGCGACAGCGCCGCUCUGUACGGUGUCGCCGGCAGCCUACCGAACAAGAGCGUCGUAGUCGACCUCGCGGCCGGCUUUCUGGAUACGCUGUAUAAAGUCUAGAACCCCCCUCUUUUGUUACUGCCCAAAUAUAUGUAUAUUAAUUAUAGUACACCAUAGUAUAGUAGUAUAAAAUGGGCGUUGGGAUUCAGCU